AGCUCGGGCGCGCAGGGAGUGUCUCUUAAUACACUAGAGGGAAUAACCGUUUUGCACUUUGCUUCCUGUACAGAAGACCCACCAAGAUUUAGAGAAACUUGGACUCUAAAUUAAAGAAACUUGCCAUAGGUGUGUUUUACCUGAUGCGACACUCUGACUGUAGCAGUCCGGUGAUGUGGAUGUGGUCAUUACGCACCGAAGCUCUGACAAACCUCGAUGUUUGGCGGCAGACCUGGACUUCAAAAGCUUGCAAUUUCCUGUUACCUUCCUCUCAUUUCUUUUCUGAAUAGUCAUAUGACGCUAAGUUUUGCUUGGAGUCCAGAUUUUGUGGUGAGACUAUCUGCCUACCAGCUGGAGUCGCGUACUUUGUUGGUGACAAGCCACAACAAAACAUGAAUGUUUCCCUCUUCAACAUGACCCAGGACGCGAUGUUUAACGGUAGUCAGAGCCUCGCCGGGACCCUGGCUACGUACUCGAGCAACGCAACCGAUAGCGUGGUGACCGGCGACGGCGGAGGGUCCUUGGUGCUGCUGCAAGACGAGCGCAAACUCUUCGUCAUGCGUGUGGUGCAAAUCGCAGUGCUGUGCGUGUUGUCGCUCACUGUCGUGUUCGGUGUAUUUUUUCUCGGGUGCAACUUGAUGAUAAAAUCGGAAAGUAUGAUUAACUUUCUGGUAAGGGACCGAAGACCCUCCAAAGACGUGGAAACUGUCAUGAUUGGGCUCAGCUAGUACACCGAGAUGGAAAACUGGAUGGAGAACCGGUAUGGAGAUCUGUUGCACAGUUCCAAUAGCAGAUCAUGAUCUGCAUCUGCAUGCACUCAUCAAAGUGUGUCCUUGUGACUAAGAUAUGCAAAAACAUGACAUUUAUUUAAGAAAAAAAAUGACUACAGAGAAGUAGUCCACCGACCAAUGUUUGUGCGUAAAGUUUGUGCGUAAAAUACGGGCAGUUGUUUACACGUGGGCCGAUCUGUUGAAUAUUUUGAGUGAAUUUAUCAGUGCCAACUUGAACAAAGUGACAAAAAUGUUUACAAGCUGUUACCUCAUUUUUAUUUUGUUUCGUUUAUUCGUUUUGUUUUUGUAAAUUUCUAAUGAUUGUUAAAAACUGUCCAAAGGCAUGAUUGUGAAUUUAAAAAAAAAAAUAGUUUCACGCCUGCCAGUGUACUCCGUGGACGUGAUGGAUAUGUGUGUGGGUAUUCUCUAUACAAUUUUCUUUCUUUCUUUCUUUCUUUCUUUCUUUCUUUCUUUCUUUCUUUCUUUCUUUCUUUC